AUGAGGUCAGCUGUGUCCAAGAACCUGUUCAGAAGCUACCUAGUGGGAUCUUUAAAAGAAGAGGUGAACAUCCUCCAAUAUGUUGAUGAUACUUUGUUUUUUGGAGAUGCUACUAAGCAAAAUGUGAGAACCUUAAAAUGUGUUCUGAGGUGCUUUGAGGAAGCAUCUGGUCUCAAGAUAAAUUACUCUAAAAGCCACUUUGGUUGUUUGGGUAAAUCAGCAAGUUGGUGCAGGGAAGUUGCCCAAUUCCUUAAUUGCAGUACUUUGGAAUUUCCUUUUACUUAUCUUGGAAUUCCAGUUGGGGUGUCCUCUAAGAGCUGGAUCGUGUGGCAGCCUAUUGUAAGGAAGUUUGAAGUCAAACUUGCAAAAUGGAAGCAAAGAACUCUAUCAAUGGGGGCCAGAAUCACUCUUAUUAAUUCUAUCCUCUCAGCCUUACCUAUCUACCUUCUAUCCUUCUUUAGGAUCCCCAAAAAAGUGGUGCAAAAAAUUGUCUCCAUCCAGAGAAAUUUUCUGUGGGGAAGUCACCAAGAGGCCAGUAAGAUUCCUUGGGUGAAGUGGGACAAAGUUUGUCUUUCUAAGAACAAAGGGGGUCUAGGGAUUAAAGACUUAUCUUUAUUUAAUGCGCAGGACAGACCCUUGGGGGAUGAUUAA